CGCCCUUUGCUGCUCCCGGAACCAGCAGCGUGAGAGCUAAAAUCAUAUGUCCCACAAGCUCAUGUUGAAAGCUCUGCCCCUAUGCACGGAUAUUUGGCAGCUGCCCUUUGCUUGGCAGCUGUAUUGCUGUUUCGCCAGGAUUUCAAAAGCUUUACCUCCCUCCCCGGGCUCAGCUUCCUCUUCCCGGAUCAGUGCACAGAUGCCGACCGCAGGCUUCUGAGCAAGGAGGAGCUGUCACUGCACCACGGAGGACAGGGCAGCCCCGGCACGUAUCUGGCUAUUCUGGGUGAAGUGUUUGAUGUGCAGAAGGGACACAAACACUAUGGGCCCGGGGGCUCUUACAGCUUCUUUGCAGGAAAAGAUGCUUCUCGAGCCUACGUGACUGGCGACUUUAGUGAGAAAGGCCUUGUGGAAGAUGUGUCGGAACUGUCCCCUCUUGAGAUGCUGCACUUGAACAACUGGCUUACCUUUUACCAAAAUAAUUAUAUUACAGUUGGUAAACUCAUAGGUAGAUUUUAUGAUGAAGAUGGAAAUCCAACAAAAGCUCUAGAAGAUGCCCUAGCAGUUAUUGAUGUUGGCUUAAAGUUGAAAGACCAGAGACAGGAAGAAAAUAAACAAUUUCCACCAUGUAACUCCGAAUGGAGCUCAGGAAUUAGCAAAGUUUGGUGUUCUAGAAACAGUGGUGGAAUAACCCGGGACUGGGUUGGUGUUCCCAGGAAAAUGUACAUUGCUGGUUAUGAUGGCUAUCGUUGCGUGUGUGUUAGAACUUCUGGACCUCCUUAUGAAAAAACUUACUCUACUGACCACAGAGACCGUGGAGAUCUUGAUAACCCCUCUUUAAAGGAAUAUGAAGACUGCAAUCCACAGUUUGAAUGGUGUUUUGUUAAAUAAUAUGGACUAACUGCAUCCUUGAUAUUUAGAGCUUAUUACAGGCAUUUUUUUGUAUUCUCUUUAUUUCUGAUGUUAUUUCAUUUGUCUCAGACAUUUAUUUGCAUUUGAAAUGAGCAAAAUAGCAUUUAAAUAAAACAAUGUAAUAUGUUUACUUUUCUAAA